GUCGGACACUUGAAGCAAGUGCCUCUCGGGUCGGGAGAAAACUAGUUACGUUCUUAGUCCCGCCGUAGACCUCGUGCAAGCUGCACGAUUGUGAGACGUUUGAACGAUCGAUCGUAUCGAUCGUGUGUGGACACGAACGUGUCCGUGUUUGGUGAUUGCAGUAUGAAGCUCCUUUGUUUGUUGAUGAUUCUUAGCGUCUGCGUGAAGAUCAGUCAUCAAAAAACGUCCCCAUGUCCGGCGGUGUUUUCGUACGAUGAGCGGGACGAUACCCAUGACACCUGGUUCGGUACGAUACGUCUAAAGAGCAAUGUACCCCUGUACGGUAUCUUUGUGGACAUUAUCUUUUCCUCCCCGGUGCUGGCAUUUGGGACAUUCCUGCGACAGCACAACACGGACGAUAACGUGCACUUCCACAUCAUGGACAAAUCGUACCGCGUGCGGGCGGGUGAGGUCGUGAUUGUUAAGUUCUACGUGCGUUACGCACCGGACAGACCGGUUCCAUUGCUGCGUCAGAUCCGGUUCAAUGGACAAAACAUUUGUACCGAAACGCGUCAAAAUCCGGUGCGUACGAAUGUACGCCCCGCCGGAACGAGCUAUGGCAAUGCGCACGUAGCAACAUCCUCUGAAACCGACGAUAUCAUUGCCGAUGUCUACACACCACCCGUAGUACAACCGAUCAAUUCCCACGUAGCGCAUGCUCCCGUAGAAUCCCAGGUACAGCCGUUGUACUCCUCUAGUGCGUCGAGCUCGUCACGCGGUGGUACGGUGACCACCCGAGCUACUGAUGCCCACCACAAUCCCGCACACACUGGCGAAGUGUAUCCAUCACGAUUCAGUACCGAUGACCACGUGGAACACUCGUCUAGCACGUCCGGAAGUGGGGACGGGAAGGAUCACGACUCGGAUCGUCAGCGCAUAGCGAACAGGAGGAUCACUACAACGACCACUACCUUCCGACCAAUAGCCGAGGAGCGUAUAUGGAACCAACCGUCGCAAAGAUCUAUUCCAUCCGAGCCGACAAGCCCACCAAAGCGUGUUUCGACCGUUCCACUGAUCGCCGACAAAGGCUUCACCACACUAGCGCCCAUCGCUCGCAGUACUACCGCUGGUGGCACUAACCGGGACCAGUACUUUGCCGGUGAUUACGCCUUCCUGCAGCACGAAAGUACACCCAAAGCCGGCCAAACGCACUACAUCAACAAGUACGAGGGAGACAUCUGCGGUACGGUUGUGCCGAAAGCGAAUCCCCUCGUAACGCACGGCACGGUGUCGGAGCGGGGCCAAUUCCCCUGGCACGGUGCACUGUACCGCAGUACGGUGACCGAGCUGAAGUAUCUCUGCGGGGCAACGCUGAUAUCGCGCCGGGCUAGCAUCACCGCGGCGCACUGUGUGACGCUGGAGAAAAGCUCCAAACCGGUCGAUGCGGGCAGUUUGCUGCUGUACUUCGGCAAGAUCGAUCUGAGCAAGUGGAACGGGCCGGAAGAGGACGCCCAGAUCCGGUCGAUCCACAUACCGGCCCAGUAUCAGCACGAACGGUUCUUCAACGACAUUGCCGUGCUGGUGCUGAAGGAGGACAUCAAGUACAGCAACUUCGUGCGACCCGUUUGUUUGUGGAACUUUGACGACGACUACAAGACGCUGAUCAACAAGAUCGGGUUCGUGCCGGGAUGGGGGUAUAAUGAGCAUGGGCUGGUCAGUUCGCGGCUCUCCUUCGCCCAGAUGCCGGUGGUGGCGCACGAAACGUGCAUCUGGUCGAACCGGGACUUCUUCAGCAAGGUCACCUCGGACACGUCGUUCUGUGCCGGAUUCAAGAAUGGCACUUCCGUGUGCAACGGUGACAGUGGCGGCGGCAUGGUGUUCAAGCACAACAACCUGUGGUACCUGCGGGGCAUAGUGUCGGUCAGUGCGGCGCUCCAGGAUCGGUUCCACUGCGACUCGAAGCACUACGUCGUGUUUACCGAUGCGGCCAAGUUUACGUCCUGGAUCAAGGGACUCAUGUAGCAGGUAGCGCAGGCAAGCGCGCGCGAUAGGAGAGUAGUAAUGUUAGUGAAACCAAUGUAGAGUUACUACAGCAAUAUGUACAAUAGUGAGCGCAAUAAAGCAUGUAAUAUGUCUUAAUCUAG